ACAUCACACUCCACUAUGAAGCUCCUGAUACUUGUCUCCUUGGUUGCGGCAGCCGCCGCCGAGAAACGUCCGGCCUACAGUCUACAAAGACCGUCUGGUCCAGGCUUCGUAAUAGGUGGAUCAGGAGGUGGAGGCUUCGGAAGUGGAGGCUUCGGUGGUGGCGUAGGGGCCGGGGGAGGAGGCUUCGGUGGCGGCGCAGGAUUGGGUGGCGGCGCAGGAUUGGGUGGCGGCAGCGUUGGAUUCGGUGGCGGCGCAGGAUUUGGUGGCGGCGCAGGAUUCGGUGGCGGCGCAGGAUUCGGUGGAGGAGUAGGAUUCGGUGGAGUCAGCUGUGGAGCUGGACAGGUUCGUCAUGUGGACGGAAGUUGCGUGACUCCUGUUGUCACCAGAAACUCCUUUGUGUAUACUGCUCCACCAGUGGCCCCAAUCGUCGGUCCACGCCCACAAGUUCCCCUACCAAAGCUUGAACACAACAUUAUCUUCAUCCGUACCCCAGAAGUCGGACUUCGUCAGGAACCCAUUGUGGUGCCACCACCUCAACAGAAGAACGUCGUGUACGUCCUCAACAAGCGACCAGAACUGGAGCAAAAGGUCGUCCACGUUCCAGCACAAGAACAACAGACUCCAGAAGUGUUCUUCGUCAACUACGGAGAGGGCGACAACCCGACUCUACCUACAGGAGAGGAUCUCCAUUCUGCCCUCGGUGCUGCUGCUCACGGUGGAGGUCAGGUUAUUGGAGGCGGCAUUGGAGGUGGCAUUGGCGGUGGCAUUGGCGGUGGCAUUGGAGGUGGCAUUGGAGGCGCCAUUGGAGGCGGCAUUAGUGGUGGCCAUGGAGUCGGCAUUGGUGGUGGCCAUGGAGUCGGCAUUGGUGGUGGCCAUGGAGGCGGCAUUGGUGGUGGUUUUGGAGACGACUUCAGUAGUGGUGAGAGCAGAGAAGGUGGCUUCAGUGUGUCGACCCCAUCUGGUCUAUAUUCCACACCAUAAAUAUGUUAACACCGCCUUCUCCCUCAGGCUCCGGCCCUUGUACUGUAGGACGGAACAACUUAUCUUCUUUAUGUAAUUUUCAGUUUAGCUAAUCCUUCCACUUGUGUAAUAUUUAUUUCAUCCAAUCGAUGGAUUUAUUUAAUAUGACAAACACCGAUAUCACCUAUUGUAAACAAUGGUUAAGAUACAAAUAAAACCUUAUUUAAAUUA